GCCGAGACGCAAGCGAAACGGCAGACAGCCGCCUCCAACUCGCAUGUUCCUUGUCUGGGAUGCUGUUGCAUUGCUUCAUCGACUUCUACGACUGCAGGUCUUUGCCUGUGUCCUCGUUAUCAUGCUCCUCCAGCUCCUCCUCUAUCAGCGACCACGACAUUUGUAUUCGCUCUGAGACGCGACAAUGUCGGACAUCUUCCGGCCCUUCUUUCGAUCUGUGGAGGACAAGGUCGCGAACAGGCGCGAGCAAUUGCGCAAGGCCCAAAAGACCUUCCGCGAAAGACGAGACCAAUACCUUCGCGUCUUGGAGAAAUCCGUCAGGCGUCUUCAAGUCACUGAAGCAAGGCUACAGAGCGAAGUCGACCGGCUUGAGCUAGAUCUGGCUGCAACGAAAAGCAAGCUUGCCCAGUGCGAGGCCGAGCUGCGCAAGUCAACUCCUUCGACUCCUUGGGACUACGCCUAUUCGAACAGGACCGGCUAUAUGCAUAGCUCAGAUGAACCCAAUCUCGCAUCUGGGAUAGCUGGCGCAGUGAGGCCGGCUUACCUCUCGCCGCCCAAUGGUUUUACUGAGGGUGGACCUGGUGCAUCCGUCGGCAGCAGCUCCUAUAGCAGCACUCUUGUCUGGAUCGAAACGAGGAAUGGCCAGCCAGUUCAGAUGCACGUCCAGCAAAGGCAAGACUAUGGCUUUCUGCCACCCAGCGUCGGCAGGAAUGCGCCAACCCCAGCCUCUCUAGGCAAAGAUAUAAGCGCGAUGACAAUUCUCGUGGCCCAGCUCGACACCGUGGUUGUUGCGAUGGAGUUUGUGCUCAAGCUCGAAUCUCCGUGUCUCCCCCACCUGCACCAAAACGAGGAAGACGAAAACAACCCUUCCAGCUCGAGCAGCUCUCCCCAUGGCCACGUCCACACGGCCUCGGCGGCACUUCUAUGCUGCUAUCCGUCUCCUUCAUCCUCUUCCCCGUCGUCAUCCUCCUUGCUAUCACCGCCUACCUCGACCUCAUACGCAAAGGCAAACACAUACGCCUCACCACUCUCAUCACCAGCAAUAGCGUCUCCUAGUUCCUCUUCCCCCUCCCUGUCCUGGCCGGCCCCAAAAGCAACCCUUGAACGCCUCCUGGCCAUCUCCGACGACUUGCCCAUCGACCAGGCCUCGGAAUUGACGCCGGUCCAAGUAUGGCAUUGUGUCCGGCAGUCGGCGGCUUAUCCGUCGAUGAAAGUGCAAGGCUUGAACCAAAUGGCUGAGAAGUUGGUCACACACGUUAAAUGUUACGGGUUCGGCGCCGUCAUCAGACGAGACUUCCUAGCGAGAGUAUUAUCAGAGAUGUGAUUCCGCGACCUAGCAGUUACGGCUUAGCAAGAUGAGGAUAUAGCAAAGAACGAGGAAACGAAUGAAAGCAGUUGGAUGAAAAUGCGGUGUGGAAUGCGAGAUACCCGGGACAGGUGGAUCGCAUAUGGUUGUUUCCAAGCGUCGUCCUGUUGAAUGAGUAUGGUAGCCUGGCGGCGUGAGGGGAUACAACGUACGUCGAGUCUGUGUUCAAGGUAUGCAUGUCUCGUUGCUGUACAGUGUAG